AUGUCCCAAAAAUCUACAGUCCAACCUCCUCAUUGGUCCCGCCCAUCACACAACUUCACAACUCCACGUCUCAUCCUUCGCAGUGCACUUUCCUCCGAUGCGCACCCAUUCACAAUUAUACGAAAUAACCCCCAAAAUAGACCGUUCGGUGGAGUAGUAGAUCCUGAUCUCUCAACCGAAGUACAAGCCCAGCGCCUCGAGGCACAAAAAAUAUCAACUGCCGCGGGGAAAAAUGCCUGGCUUGUAGUUAUUCUCAAGGAGGAUAGCGAGGAAAUAUCUAGAAGUGACAAUGUAAAAGAUUUGAGAGUUCAUGAUGGUUUCCUGAUUGGUAUGACGGGGUUUAAUUCUUUCCCAGUGGAAAAGUCAAAUGAUGGUACUGGUGAAGAUAUCCUAAUCGGUGAUAUUGGGGUGUUAAUAGAUUACCGGUUUGCGAGAAAAGGAUUUGCGUUGGAAACUUUGUGUGCGGUGGUUGAAUUUGGGUUUUAUGAAUUAGGAUGUGGUAAAAUUACGCUCGAGACAUAUGCUAUCAAUACGCCGUUUCGAGGUUUGAUGAAAGCGGCGAGGUUGGAGGAUGUGGUGGUUUUGCGGAGGAUUGGUGAUGGACCUCCAGAUCAGGAAGCUUAUUAUGAGUUUGGUGAACAGAAAUGGGAGGCUGUGAAGAAGGAAAUGGUUAGGGAUGAGAAAUGGCUGUUGUAA